GACUUUUCUCUCUCUCCAGCCCCGGCUGAUUUUGCACGCCAGAAAUACCCGUUCGUGCCUCGCUCUCUGCCAGGCAUCCUGGAAAUCGCUCCCCUCCCCGCCGCGCGCUCGCCUGCACUCUAGUUAGGUCUCGCUUCUGCAUGCUGUGGUUUUGCGCUGCGCUACUAAGCUCGCAGCUCUGCGCUGACCGGAGGUUUAGUACGACGACAUCGAAACAGUCGCGUUCUCACAUCCUGACGCACAUAAUGUACGUCUCACUGUAUCGUUUGAAAAUGGCCUUGCGGACAACCAGCGACAAGUUCUCGUUGGGAUUGUUGGUUUGUCGAGUCAUUGCAUGACUCUUUAGCUGUUCUGGAUGUCGGAAAUAGUAUUCCGAUCACGUUUUGACAAUGGACGACGUAAAGCGUUCGAGCGCUCCCCCAAAGUCAGCUUGACUUCCCCAGAUUUUUAUUUUUCCCACUGCUUCGGAGUUUGCAGAAAGAAGACAUCUAUGGGACCGCCGGGAAUCAUCUGGGUGGCUUCGCGGGUCACGCAGCCUGACAAGCUGUCCGAAGAACGCUUUUGCGAGUGGUACGAGGGCCAGCACAUCGACGAGGUCACAGCCUUGUCGGGCGUGCCUGCAGCGGCACGCUAUGAGGCGGUUCCCAUGUCGGAGCUGGCUGGACCUCCAACCGCAGAGACGAUCAAGGCCGCGGAGCAGAGACCGGACUAUCUGAUGGGCGGGAAAUGGCUUACGAUCUACGAGAUGAAGGACGUCGACUUCAGACACACGGCCGAGUUCAAAAGCCUCGACGGCCAAAGCAAGCCGAAGGGCAACCUGUUGGACGAAAUCUUCACCAAGGCGCAUUUCGAGACCAGGUUUGGGGCGUUGCUGUCCAACGACGACAAGGGGAUAAAGAAAGGCCCGGGGAAGCUGAUCAUCUCCGCCACCAUGACGCCGGGAAGCAGGGCGAGCGCCGAGGACAUUGAACAGUUCUACGAGCGGGAGCACGUGGCGGAAAUCGCAAAGUGCCCCGGCUACGUCAGAACGCGGAGGUUCAGGUGGGUGGACACGACCGUGCUGAAGGAGUUUGAGCGCCUGCCUGCGGACCCGAUCGAGCCCGGCAACAGCGUGGUGGCUUUGCACGAGUUCGAGGGGCCCUACUUCCCCAUGGAAGGGCUGCUCAAAGCCGACGAGACGCCGUGGACGGCCCGCGUGCUGGAAAGCCUGAAGAAGAACGGCAUCGAAGCUGGGUUCUACAGGUUGAAAAGGGUGUACGGGGAGUGGUUACCCGGCUCGUCGAAGCUAUAGGACUUUGCUCCAAUAAUCAAAAAAAAAGCCAAAGCCAUUCUGUGCGCAUAAACGUGCGGAAAAGAAAUAAAUAAAUAUAAACAUAUAUAUAUAUAUAUAUAUACCC